UUUGAACAACCAGUGGCGACCCGGGCUGUCACCGCGACGAGAAGCUGCUGGAGCCGCUUUCGGUCGCUGCUUCCUCUGGAUACCAGAGCCAGUUAGCUCGUUAGCUCAAUGCUAGCAUAACAAAUACAGGUUGCCACAACUUGAUGAUUCUGCGACAGUUCCCCGGUAGAGCCAUAAUCACCUCUCACCUGAAUGUCCGUCUGAGAAAACCCUUGGCCAGCCAAGACAUGGCCAGACCCAGUUCAGACCUGGCUGCGUUCAGGGAGAUUUUCUCCAAAGCCAAGAAAGUCGCCAUCCUGACCGGAGCAGGGGUGAGUGCUGAGAGUGGAGUCCCCACCUUCAGAGGAGCAGGAGGCUACUGGAGGAAAUGGCAAGCACAGGACCUCGCCACUCCGGAGGCCUUCUCUCGGAAUCCCUCACGUGUUUGGGAGUUUUAUCACUACCGCCGCGAAGUCAUGCUCACAAAGAAUCCCAACCCCGCUCACCUGGCCAUCGCAGAGUGUGAGGACCGACUGGCAAAGCAAGGACGAGAAGUAACUGUCAUCACUCAGAACAUUGACCAGCUCCAUCGCCGCGCUGGAUCCAAGAACAUCCUGGAACUCCACGGUAGUCUGUUCAGAACCCGCUGUAUGAGCUGUGGUCAUGAAGCAGCUAAUUACAAGAGCCCCAUCUGUGAGGCGCUGGCUGGUAAAGGAGCUCCAGACCCAGAAACACACGACGCCCAGAUCCCUGUUCAGCAGCUGCCCAGGUGUGAGCAGACAGGUUGUCACGGUCUCCUGAGACCAGCUGUGGUUUGGUUUGGUGAAACGCUGGACUCUGACAUCCUCACCGGUGCAGAGAAGGUGCUGGACAGCUGUGACCUGUGCCUCGUGGUUGGUACUUCAUCAGUCGUGUAUCCAGCGGCCAUGUUUGCUCCUCAGGUGGCAGCCCGCGGCGUCCCUGUGGCCGAAUUUAACAUGGAGGACACACCGGCCACCAUGCGCUUCAAGUUCCACUUCCACGGCCCCUGUGGGACCACGUUACCCACCGCACUCGCACGCCACGAGACGGAACCAAAUUAAAAGUGAAGGGUGUAACACUGCAGGACUUCGUUGGUAAAAUGUGUUGGACAUGUGGAAAAAUAAGAAGAGAUCAUGAAAUUAUAAGACAAAAGCUGUUUGAUUAAAGCUGCAACAAAAAUGAGAUGUGCAAUAACCUACACCUGCAGAAUCUGUUUAGGUUCAUGAAGAUUUCAAAUGCUUUUUUAAUCCGUCAGGAAAUGACAAGAAAAACUGCUGUAACUUAAAAAUAUACAGUUGUACACGCAGAUGUUUUUGAUGCCAAAUCACACAAAGCUGCUAACAGUUAUUAAUUUAAAAUUUAAUUGUUUAAUUGUUUUAUUUGCUUAGGUCAAAAGACAUUAAAGCAAAUGCUGUCACUCCUCCAGCAUAUUGAAUGUCAGACAGUGGGGGGCAGUGUUUAGCUGCUACUGAGUUCUUUUUCACAGGACGUGUGGGCUCAGCCUGGGAUGUGUGGGGUGUUUGAGUUGAUUCGAUUUCUGGACCGUUACUCAGCUUCAGUUAAACCAGAGGAAACUGAGACUGAGCAUCUCUGACAGUCACAAGGAAAAGAGUUUCAAUCUGAAGGUUUUGUUUCCUCGUAUGUAAAGUGAUUGGAGCAGUUUUGCUGAUGGGACUUGAAGUCUAAUUGAAUAAAUGAAAGCUUUUGUAAACUGAA